AUGGUUAAGGGCUGCCCCCAGUACCGCCCUGAGAUGCAGGACUUCGCCCCUCCGAACGGCACCUGGGUCGCCAUCUGCGGCAGCGAUGUGGUGCGCACCCACGACGGAUUCCAGGUCCUCGAAGACAACCUGCGUGUGCCCUCCGGGGUCUCGUACAUGAUCGCCAACCGGAAGGCUGCCAAGGCCAGCCUCCCGCGCCUCUACCGUGCGAACCGUGUCCAGGAGGUGGAGCAGUACGGCGCCGUGUUGCAGACCACGCUCACCGAGCUCGCCCCCGGCGGCAAGUUCGACCCGGUCAUCGCCCUGCUGACCCCCGGCGUCUACAACUCCGCCUACUACGAGCACAUGUUCCUGGCCCGGGAAAUCGACGCCGAGCUCGUGGAGGGGCAGGACCUAGUCGUCCGCAACGGCAUUCUGUACAUGCGCACCACCGAUGGCCUGCAACAGGUGGACGUGCUCUUCGCUCUCUCAGUACCUGGCACAGCUCAGCUUGGCCAGACGUCACGCAUCGCCAACGCCCCUGGCACCGGCGUGGCCGACGACAAGAGCGUCUACGCCUAUGUCCCCGACAUGAUCCGCUAUUUACUCGGUCUGGAGGAGCCGCUCUGCUGA